UGGCUACCCCCGGUACUACCCCCGGUACCACCCGAUCUGUACUCCCCCAGGAGGGCCCCCUUCCUGGGCCCCUACUCCCCAGUCGUCCUUCACUGCCACCCAAAUUUUAACCACAGCCAGUGUGUUAUUUCCUAAAUGUAGUAUCGUUAGUGGAAGCUAAGACCAAGCCUCGAAAGAGGGUCAUUAAUCCUAAAAUGUGUUUCAAAGAAAUUACUUAUUAGAAUUGAUUGAUUGAUUGAUGGAUUUAUUGUGCAAUCUUGAGAUAAGACACAUACUGAUUCACUCUGUAGUGAAAUUAAUGUGUGAGCUGGAAAGCUUAAUUCACACAGUGCAAAGGGUCCGCGUGCACUAACUCUACCACCGCCCUGGACUGCGAAAGCGAAGAUUCGGAAGACUUACUUGUAUAGCAUGUGUAGAUUACAAUUCAAGAAUGACUAUUUCUAGCGUGAAGAUAAGGGAUAAACGUGUCUUGGAAAAUGUAAACUUUCGAAUAACUCAGCAUUUUAAAAGUUGUUCUUUUAUGGGUCUUUAUUUUAAGCUUAGUUUUUUUACUUGUUAGCUCCCCGUACAAUUUACAUGUAAGUUCUAGAUAGACAGCAGGUAAAUAAAAUGACGAUCAAGAAGGAGAAAUUAAUUGCAACUUGUAAUAUGUAAUGAUGUUAAGAGAGAGUAAAGGAAAAUGUUAUGUUUGUUGUUCUGACAGUAGACAACGUUUUAUUUGCCUCAUACUGUAUAUAUAUUGAAGUUACCAGAGUUGUUGGUAUUGGCUGUUGGUCACCAUUUGGUUAUGUAUAUUUAUCACUGAUACCUGUGCUUUUUUUUCUUUUUGUUCGUUUGCUUUUUUUAAGACAUGGUGAGGACAGAAAAGAACAAUGUGGUCGAAUCUGGAAAAAAGCACUUCAGUGAAAACAAGUCAAGUGGAGACUAUUCGUAUCCCGAGUGGAGUAAGGCAGUUAUUCCUCAACUUCAUCCCAUAAUAUCAGAUUACAGAUACCUUGAGGAACAGCAUCUGUUACUGGCCAUCAAGUCUGUAGACAACGACGAGUCUUAUGGGGAGUGCUGUAUCGCAUUGAGGACCAUGGUCAAUGUCAUUCCACAGGAAUGCGAUGGCAUUAUUCUGUCACAUCAUGGCGAAGAAACCGGAGAAAUUAUGAUUGAGAUGCAUGUGAAGCUUCCAGACAACAACAACAUGAAAACAUCCUCACAGUCAGAUGAUCUCAUCAGCACAGAUGAUCUCGAGAUGACCAGAAAAGGAUCAGUGAAAAUGCCUCAAGUACCGCAACGCAGAAGUCAUGUUCCACAAGGUACAGCAAAGCGCGCUGACGAAAAUCCUCCAGUGAUUCCAAAACGACAUUCAACCACUCAACCGGACACGGCAAGGAUGUCAGGAGAUCCACCUCCAUUACCAGCCAAGAAAUCCAAGCCUAAAACAGUUGGUGAAAUUAUGGAACGAAUAGGAUUUCCUCAAUAUACCAGCAGUCUUCUGGAAUAUGGAUGGGAUGACUUGGAAUUCCUUAGCGACUUGACAGAAGGUGACUUGACUGAAGCUGGGGUUCCCAAAGAGCACCAAAGAAUGGUAAGACUGGGGACGACUCAGUUCAGUGCUACAUGUACCAGAAUGUGCUGCUAAACAGAAAAGGUGCUUUUUGAAGUUGUUCGUUGGUGGCAGGUUGUAUCUGGGCCAGUUGUUCAAGGGGUUGAUAAAACUAUCCAGCGUAUAAAUCGAUUUAAUGUGUAGACACAAGUGUUUUCUAGAAUACACCAUUCGAAAAAUUCAAAUGAAACUACAUCCGGGACCCGAGUGGCGUUUUUCUCACUUGGCGGAUAUUAAAUGACGUCAUUUCUCGCUUUUUCACAUUCAGUCUACAAUUAAUGCAAUUGAGUAUAUGAAAGAUCAUACAUUGAACUGCGGAGAAAGAUAUGAAGUCAGUCUAUAUAAUAAAAAGAAACUUACACCGUGGCUUGAAGAUAUGAAUUUCGUUUUCUCGUGUUGAAGAGAAUAUUUUGCUCACUCACUGCGCUCGUUCGUAAAAAUUGUUAUCCUUUGAACAACUGAGGCCUGGUGCUCAAGACAGAAACUGAACAUACAAAAAGUGUUAACAAAGGAACAAUUUGAAUUUUUUUUUUCUGUGAUCAGAACGGAUAAGUUGUUUUGUUUGUGAUCAGCUGAUGCGUUAGAACUCAACAUCUCCAUCUCUGAAUUUCAGUUUCUCAUUAGACAAUUCAGUUCUUGCGUUCAUUCAGGAACAAUUCUGUCACUCCAAUAAGAAUUCGAAGGUCUUUAACAA